AUGGCGGGAGUCACCGGACCCAUUAUGACGGCCAAAGCUGUGCCUUCUCCUUCAGUAUCGGGCACUACAAACGGCGUAUCGGUAGCUCAGGCGGACGGAGCGGAAGAGCAGAAUGUCAGGUCAUCGCUCGACGGUACCUCAGAUAAUGAUGGUCGUAUGACCCCCGUUCCUCAUUCGGAGUCCACCAUCCGCCGCGCCCGUGUACAAUCUCCUCGUAUCGGUAUUCUACCUCGGCAGCCCCCAGUCUCCGCAUCAUCCUCGACCGGUCAACCCGUCACAACGGCCGCUCAUCAAAUGGCCCCCGCCAACAUCGGUCUCGGCACGCUACAAGGCGAGGAUCAACUCAAGAUCUCACUUCAAUCUAAAGAUCGGAUCUUCGUCGUCAUGCUCUCCAAGGAGAUUGAGGCAUUUAUUGCUCGGUGUACGGAGGGAGAAACGCCCAACGACGCUCAACUUGUCGCUUCCGAGCCGGCGGCGGCGAACUUUGCCAUCUAUGGCGGCCUGCCGAAUGUCAAAAUUCAGAGCCAGGCCGCGAGCGUCUUCCAGCGGAUGUUGGUGUACAAGGCGGCGGAGUGGUAUGGAGUCAAAGCGGUACCUGGACCGGCGAACGGUAUCUACGUGGGGGUUGUGGGGAGUAUUCCGGAGAAGAGCUCUUCCCUGAAACUUGCGUCUCUGGUGCCAGAGCGUCAGACGGUUCAGAAGAAGUUCCAGAUCAUGCAGCGGUCACAACCCGUCGGUUCAUCCCGCUCGAGCUCAGCUGCGGACGGAGGGGAAGGCGGACCGAGCAGUCGCAAGACGCUAGAACAGCGCGAAGCGGACUAUGCGGCUGCCCGGGAGAGGAUAUACGGGGCUGCACCAUCGGAGGCAGAGGAAGUCGUCGACCCACCGCCGGCGGUACGGCCAGUCGAGGACGAGAUCGACCCGGUCUCACGGUAUGCCUACGGUGCAGACGCGAUGACUGCAGCGGCAUACGAGCCCAUCUAUGCGUCACUUUACCAUACCCACGGCCCGGACGGCCAGCCACUCGACCCGACUGGUGCCGGUAACGGGGUAUACUACGUCAAUCAAGCGGUACAAUAUCCCGGCUAUCACAUGCUGGAUCCGACUAUGGCGGCGUACGCACCGAUGCCCACCUAUACGAACGGAGCUGGCCAGGCGAUGUAUCCUCAACAAGCGUAUGACCAGCAUGGGAACCCGCUCAUGCUGGUUCCGCAGCAGAUGGCCGGGUAUGCCACGCCCAUGUGGCAGCAGCAGCCCAUGCAAGCCGUCGGCGUGAUGUCCCAACAGCCCAUGAUGCCGCCCACUCAGAUGGGCGGAAACGGGUGGGGAUAUGCCCAGCAACCUGUCAACGGCAAUCCGCAUCAGCAGAUGAUUAUGCCGCCGAUCACCUCGAACGGGCCGUCGGCACCCCUUCACCCAUAUUCGUCGGGAUACGGCUACUCAACCUACCCCAACCUCCAACAUCCUCAACCGUCGCGUCCUCAGCCACAACCCCACUCCUCCGCUUCGAGCUCGAUAUCGUCACAUUCGAGACACAGCUACUCCCGGCCCCACUCGGGGGGAUCCAUCACGAGCACCGGAAGCGCUGCGAGUAGCGCGCGGUUCGGGCAUAUGUACCCUGCGAACGCGGGGUACAGGCAGAAAGGAAUGAAGGCGGGAGUGAAUGGGUUGACGGCGAUGGGGAUGGCGCCAGAAAGGCGAUCUACCCGGGGGCAGAGCCCGUCAUCGACGACCACCACCUCAUCCCGCUCAUCCAGACCGAGUCGACCCACUAUUCUUCCACCUCCCUCUCAACACCCUCUUCCCCGCCGACCAGACUGGGCAGCCGAUAAUGUGCAAUACGUCCCUUCUGGCUCUCAGCCGGGUUCCAACCCCAGCUCCAUCUCGGGUCGGAGCCUCCAGCCCAGUCCUCCCUCCCAGGCGUCGACUUCGAGCAACGGCGAGCACCUCGCGAUGCACAGUAACGGGUCGCAGACCUGGACAUCGCAAUCGGGUCCGAGCGGGUCGUCGUCCAUGACCAGCCUGUCUUCGCACAUCCCAAAUGCACCCCUUGCCGCGACGUUAUUCGGUCACGUACAGCCAGACGGGAACGGGGAAAGCGACUUCCAGCGCGGUCCCCCUCCUCGCGCCUCCCAAUCGCUAUUCGACCCCUCCAAUCCCUCGGCCGAUACUCAAGCCUCCAACGGUCAUCAGCCGGACCAGUCCAUGGCACCGGUAUCGCAAGGCAUCGCGCAGGUGGACGGGGCGGGCAUGAGUGCCGAGGAUAUCAUCGAGGCAAAGCUGCAGGCUUUGAGCUUUAGUACGGGGGUAUCGAUCGGGCCACCGAAAGCGCGGGCGGCGAGCUACGCCAAGGUGGUCAGGCGGGACUAG